AUGACCGCGCGGCCGCUGGGCGUGAGCGAACCCGGGGCUGGCGUGGUGCCUGAGGGCAAGGCAGGGCCGAGCGCCACGGCUCGGCUUUCUGCCAUGAUGAACUUCCUCUCCCAGGUGAGCGCCGUGGUCAAGGCCAUGCCCGGCACGGACGGGCCAUUCCUCCAGCCCUGGAGCUGGCUGCGUGCCUGGGUGAGCAGCUCCACACAGGCCGCGGCCGGGGCGGCGAGCACGGCCGCCUUCUUCCUCUGCGAGGGGCUGCUGGGCCAGCACUUCGAGGUGGUGCCCAACGGGGCAGCCGAGCCCCAGCCCGGCGACCUCUUCCUCUUCCCGCUGGCCUCGGCGGGCCCUGGCUGGUGGGGCGCCCACGCCGGCGUGUACUGCGGCAACGGGGAGAUCAUCCACCUGGAAGCGGGGAUCGUGGCCAAGCACGGCAAGAGCCAUCUCCUGCGGACGCGGGGCCCGGCCAAGGUGCUGAGGAGGAAGGGAGGACUGGACCGGGCGGCGCUGCAGCGGCGGGUCCGCACCGCCAUGGACGAGGCCGUGGAGUACAACGCCGUCACCUGCAACUGCGUGCACUUCGCGCUCGCCCUGCUGGGCCUGGGCCAGCUCGCCGUGGGCACGAUCUCCCCGACGCUGCAGUGAAGGAGGCUGCGAUCCAGCCUGGGCCCUCUCUGAGACCAGAGCAUCCUUCCCAGGGCUGGCAGCAGGAUUCAGGAAGGAGUUGU